AUGUUAUGGGAAGCCAGGCCUUUUUCGGAGUGCGGUGGGCAUUAAGGCAUUUUUUAACAUAAAAAAAAUUUAAUCGCCCUAACCGUGCGACUUCAAAUGUAGACUAUGCUCGUAACAAAUACAUUCGUACCUCUUUGCCCGCCAUCCUUUUAAAGGUGAGGGAUGCUGGCUUGAAAUUCUCAUUGUUGCUGUUGUUUAAUUUGUAUGAAGUUUAUGUUGGCCUGGUUUGAUAUUCUCAUUUAACUUUGGCCUUAUGUCAUUUCUGCCCUGGGACCUUUUUUUGGGGGGGGGGGAGGGAAUUAAUACGGAAAAUAAAUAACAUAAAUGAUGAGACACAGUAGUUUAGGAACUGGCCUCGUUUGGACUUCCGUUCAAAAUUCCCACCCGCGAAGCACACAAGCUGCAGAAAAUGUCCACUUAAAUUGUCCCACUUGCGCAGAUCCAGCGCUCACCUGCAUAAAGAAGUCUAAUAUUUCAUUGGUUUGCAUGUGGAUGGGUUAGAUGUCUACUCAGAAGUAGAGUUCAGUGAGGCUCUAGUCUAACCUAAAUGUUUAAAAACGCUGAGAUAAUUAUUAUUUUUUACAAAAUAACACCUAGCAGGAAUGCCCGCCUAAUACAACUACUUGGCUGUACUCAUUGGUGUGUGGAGUGACCAGCUGUAGUUCAGAUAUAAACUAAGAUAAAAUCAUGGAGUUCUCUAUUUGAUUUCUAUAGGCAGCUCUUACUUUCUCCCGGUUAGCAGAGCGGGGAAAUGUUUAGAAAAAAAAGAAGUUGAGUCCUCAAGAUAAUGUUGGACUACAGUUCCCACCAGCCCCUACCAGCAUAAGCAGAAAGUUAAAGUCCAACAACAUUAUAAGACUACCAGAUUGCCUACUUCCUCACCUCUAUGACAGCCUUCAACCUAGUGCCCUCCAGAUAUUGUUGGACUGCAACUUCCAUCAGUUGCAGCCAGCAUAAUCAAUGGUCAGGGACUAUGGGAGUUGUAAUCCUAAACCUCUGGAGGGCACCAGGUUGCGGGAAGAAAGACUGGUUUGUUUAUUUAUUUAGUUAUUCUUACAUUUACAUACAUGGUUCUCCCACUCCACAUUUUAUUCUCGUAACAAUCCUGAGGAGUAGGUUUGACUGAGAGACAAUGGGUGGCUGGGCAAAAAGCACCCCAUGAACUUUGUAGUCCUGUGUGGGAUUUGAACCUUGGUCUCCCAGGUCCUAGUUCACCAGCUCUAACCACUACACCACACUCAACAAACUAUGAGGAAAACAUUUUAUCUUCUACACUUCUUGCCCAUUGGUGGGUUGAGGAGAUUUCUUCAAAAUGGCUUUCAAAAGAAAGGAUAGAGGCGGGCAGGUGAUCCAGCUGCUUGUUCCUCGUCAUACUGCUAAGCCUCCUGCUUUAUGUACUAGUUGUGUUUCCGUGGCAAGAUAAGGUUCUAAUGCUUAAACUAGAUGACAGAGCCGUGGCUGCAGGGAGAUAACUUUGCUCAACUGGCAGCUGCUCUGGAACAACAGAUGUGAGGGGGAGGGAAGACUCUGGCUUCUGCCAGUGGCCAGAGGAACAAAAGCCACUGUGUUGUUGUUUUGUACUGCUGGGUAAACUGCCUUGGAGAUAAUUUGAUUAAAAGUUGCAUCAAAAAUCUUUGAACUAAAGACAUAAAAUGUCUCUCAAAGUAAUUUGAAACCUAAUUUUAUAUUCAUAUCUCUUCCCCACCACCAGAUGUUGCACGGUAUGGUUAAAAGUAUAGCAUGCAUUUAAAGCACAACUACACCACUUUAACAGUCCUGGGUCGUCAUCGUCGUCAUCCCCCCCCCCCCAAAUCCUGGGAACUCUAGUUUGUUAGAGGUGCUGAUAAUUAGGGCUGCCAUAAGUCCGGAAUUUCCCAGACAUACCCAGGAUUCAUCCAUCGAAAAUAGCAUCCGGACGGAAUUUUCAAAAAUCGUUGAAAACCCGGGCAUAUGGCAGCACAACAACUUUGCCCAAAAAACUCAACAACUUUUGUAUCUGGCUUUUCACUUUUUGAAAUAUGGCAACCCUACAAUAAUUGAUGAGAGACACCCUAUUCCUUUCACAGAGUGAUCUCAGAAGCCUGAACCACAUCUCACUCAUCUCACGCUGACUGUACAGUCUUGGGACUGUAUUCUAGAACUGCACAUCAAAGGCACAAAUCCCACAGCUUAGCAAAUUGGUCAGGUGACUGGACUUUCUCAUGAACAAUACUAUAAUUACUAUCAGGAAUAAAGAAAUAAGCUCUGGAGACUCUUAAAGCUGCCUCGGUAGAUGCUGCCUCUGGAUAUAAUAAAUCUUACCCCCAUGUCCUGAUCUGACAUAGGUAAAAAAGGUAAAGGACCCCUGGACAGUUAAGUCCAGUCAAAGGCAACUUUGGGGUGCGACACUCAUCUCGCUUCAGGAACACCGUGACAGAAGCCAAAGCGCAUGGAAGCACCGUUUACCUUCCUGCCACAGCAGUACCUAUUUAUCUACUUGCAGUGGUGUGCUUUUGAACUGCUAGGUUGGCAGAAGCUGGGACAGAGUAACGGGAGCUCACCCCGUCGUGCAGAUUCAAACUGCCAACCUUUCGAUCAGCAAGCCCAAGAGGCUCAGUGGUUUAGACCACAGAGCCACCCGCUCCUUAUUCCCCGCCCCCUUUUUACCUUACCUCUGACAUAGCACCUCUGAUCCUUAGUAUGCAAUGAAGCUUUUUACCUGCCUGCAUUGUUGCUUUUGGGGCCACCCCUCCAGAGAAGCCCCAGAUUACAAAAGUCAUUCUUCCUUGACAUAGCUGCUAGCGUGACUCUUUUCUAAAAGUAGUUUCAUCUGUGUAAACUGAAUCAGAAAAUGCCCUUAAUCCUUUCCCAGCUAAUCAGCAUGACAAUGUAACCCAGACCCCUUUGUUGUUGGGAAAUUCCCAGUUGAUUGGCCGGAUGGAUGAUGUCACAAGUAUUCCAGUUUACCAAUGACUACCCUUGUGUCCCCUGAAACAUAUUUAUUCUGGCUUCACCUUCCUUGGAGUCUGCCAGAUAUAUGAAGUAUGAUCUUCAGCAGGUGUCUAUAUCAAUAUAUUUUAAACAGGCAUACGAAGCCCAGGAUAUGCAAUGCGAGAACGGGCCUUUUCUUUCCCUAUUUAUGAAAUCCUCUCCCAGGGAGGUUCAUCUGUUGCCUUCAUUAGACGCCAGGAGAAAAGGUUCCGCUUCUCCCAGGCCCUUGGCUAGUUAAGUAAUCCUAUGGCCUUUUAAUUAAUUAAUUAAUUAAUUUUAAAAUAACUAUUUAUUUGGUUUUUCAGAUUAAAAUUUUACAGUCACAUAUCCAACAUACAAUAUAGAAACAAGAUUCCAAAGAAUCUCCUGGACUUCCUUCCUCCCCUUUGUGGGUCCUAUAGUUAACCAUUUCCUCCUGCAUCUUUUAUAAUAAUCAAAAUCUUUUACCUCUUCAUUGUGUCCAAAAUUCACCAUUAAACUACAAGUGUUAUUCUGAUCCUACUAACUAUUUUAACUGUUUACAAUGUUGUUGUUUUUAAAAAAUAUAAAUUUCCCCCUAUUCCUUAUUAAAAUUUUGGUCUUCCUGAUUUCUGAUUCUUCUGGUCAUUUUAGCCAUUUUUGCAUCAUCACAUCCACUUGAUCUGCCAUUCUUCUCUGGUAGGGACUUUAUCUUCUUUCCAAUCCUACGGCCUUUUAAACUGCGUGUGUGUUUGUGUGGCAUUGUUUUUGUUUGUUAUUAGGGUGCAUAUUUUUUGUAUGUGUUCGUAUAUUGGUAAACCGCCCUGUGAUCUUCGGGUGAAGGGCGGAAUGAUAAGCAAGUAAACAAAGCGGCCUUUUCUGUUUGAGAAUUCUCUCUUAUUUGACUGGGUCUUCCACCCGGCAGGGGUCGCUGUGGGACGGAUCCGGCCCUCUUGCAGGCCGCUUUGGUCUCGCCACCUCCAUCCCCAGCACUCGAUUAUCAGGAAGUGUCUCCAGGAGACGCCGGCUGAGCGGCCAGUCGGAGAGGGGCGGCGGCGGGCAGCUUGGGCGCGGUGGCAUCAUGGAGCACAUUCGCACCACGAAGGUAACUGAGCGGGGCCUUGCUCGGAGGCCGGCCUUGCCCGCCGCCGGAGCAGCGUGGGAGGGAGCCUUGCAGACCCCGGGGGCUUCCUCUUGGGAGGCUUGAGCCCCCGACCGAGCUUGCUCCCGGAUCGCAGCCUUGCCGUGAAACCCUGUGCAUGCGUACUCAGACGCAAGCCUGUAUGUGCCUUAGGCUGCAGUCCUGACCGACCCAUAUCUACCCUAGAAGUCAUUCCCAUUCAGUUCAGCGGGGCUUUAAGGUUGCAGCAAAACAUGCGCAAGAAAGAAGUCUUAUGGCACCAUGGUCAAUUCUGCUGUCGCCUAAGCUCUUUACUUGUUUCCAUCCUAUCUAGCCACAAUUUGAGGAAAUUGGUUGCGAGGCCAUGAUGGUUUAUGGCACAAUGCCUUGGGUGGUUGGGCAUUAAGGUUGCUGCCAUACUGGCUGGAAUGCAGCUAAGUUUUACUCAAGAGUAGGCCCACUGAAAUGAACGAGCGUGACUAAAUAUUCAGUGAGUCCACUCUGAGUAAAACUUGGAUGAAUGUCAGUCACCCUCUGGGUUUCUUUUGCUGUUUGCUGCAGCAGGCUAUAUCUGAACUUAGAAUUACUAUUUUAAAAAUAUUUUUAUUAACCAAUUUCAACAUAACAAUUUAUCAGUCCUCUUAAUCAAUUACAUUAUUUUUUCCCCCAACUCUCCCUCUCCCCCACCAAGGACUUCCCUCAGCUCCCCUCCCUGAUUUCUUUACAUAUAUUGUUUUCUGCGUAUCUGAACUUAGAAUUUAAUGGGAUCCUUAAGUUUUCAUGGACUAGUGCUCCCAUGAUCCUAUGUGUGGUGAUAGUCGGCUUUAGGCCGCAGUAGUUUAGGCCGCAGUAAUGUGAUGCUAUUUAAUCUUACAAACUGCACUAAUCUCCAUAGUACUUACUGUCUGUUAAGGUUGCAGCCAUAUAGCCCUAUCUUAUUCAUGUUUAUUUGGAGUUUAAGUUUUCAAUUAUAUAUGUGUGUGUGUUCUGUGUCAGCGGGCAUGAUAUCUUACGAAGUUCAAGAGCAUAGUUCCUGUCCCAAGGAGCUUGACAUACAUAAUUUGAUGGGAAACCACGGGGGGGGGGGAGAGGCAAAUGGCAGCAGGAGAAACAGGACUGGGGAGUGGACAGGAAGCCAGUGUAGGGGGUUAGAUAGAGGUAUUGCCUGAUGUAAGGUGAGAGGUGGAGCAUGAGAAUCUUAAUCUCAGGGUUGUGGGCAAAAGAUUCCCGCAUUGCAGGGGGUUGGACAAGAUGACUCUUAUAGUCCCUUCCAACUCUACAAUUCUCUGAUUCUAAUUUUGAUGUGUUUCCAGUCUUCUUCUUGUAACCUACAGGGUGAUAUUUUCUGACAGGGCUCUCAGCCAAGGGUGGGGCCCAUCUGAUUUUAUGAGAUCAUGUCAUGAGAUAGACAACAAAUUCCAUAUUAUCUUUUCCAUCUCUCUUGCCAGGUUUUUUGGAAGGGCCAUAGCUCAGAGGUAGAACAUCAGCUUUAUAUGCAGAAGGUCCCAGGUUCAAUCUCCAGGCAUCAAUGGGAAAGACUCUGAAGUACUGGCAAGCCACUGCCAGUCAGUGUAGACAGUACUGAGUUAGAUGGGUCAAUGGUCUGGCUCAGUAGGAGACAGUUUUCUCUGUUCCUAUGUCUUUUCAGUGGAAGUCAUGUAAGGGUCACAUGACAGUUUUAGUGCAGCUCAUUUCCAAAUUGAAUUCAAAAUAUUUUCUUUUUAAAAAUGACAUCAUCUUAGAUUGCUGUGCUCUUAGGGAAGUUUUAUCACUGUAUAAACAAGCAUUAUACAGGGAUACGGGUGGCGCUGUGGUCUAAACCACUGAGCCUCUUGGGCUUGCCGAUCAAAAGGUCGGCGGUUCAAAUCCCUGUGACAGGGUGAGCUCCCAUUGCUUGGUCCCAGCUCCUGCCAACCUUGCAGUUCAAAUCAUGCCAAAAUGUGCAAGUACAUAAAUAGGUACUGCUCCGGCAGGAAGGUAAACGGCGUUUCCAUGUGCUGCUCUGGUUUCGCCAGAAGCGGCUUAGUCAUGCAGGCCACACGACCCGGAAAAACUGUCUGCGGACAAACGCCAGCUCCCUUGGCCAGUAAAGCGAGAUGAGCACCAUAACCCCAGAGACGUCUGCGACUGGACUUAACUGUCAGGGGUCCUUUACCUUUAAACAAGCAUACCUGCAGGCAAAAAAACUUCUUAUCUUUCUCUACACCCCCACCCCAAUUGUUUUGUUCUGAAGCUAAAGUAACUCAGUGUUUUUGUGAGUAGCUGGAAAACAGUGGCUCAAUAUGAGUUUAAAUUGUGGAGAAUCAAAAACAAAGAUUAUUGUGUUUAGACCUGAGAAGCUUAAUACUGCCCUUUGACCAUUUACUACUUUUCUUAAGUAAAAGCUCUAUUGCAUUGUAGAGGAUCACUGACCUUAGCCUGAAAUGUGAUCUGUGUACUUGGAUCUCAGAGCCAUAUAGACUGUUUGCUGUUGUAGCACAACCUGUCCGCAAAGCAAAACCACUCCAGAGUAUCAAUCAGUAUUUACUCUUGCUGUGUGUGACCUGCAGUAUUUUUAACUUCUUAAAAAUUAAACCUUCCACUGAAAUUCAGAUAUCCUUUGAAUGAAACUUUGUAUGGCAGCGAGAGAGGAGGAAGCAGAUGACUUAUCUAUAGUAAUCUGCAAGUUUCAAAAUGCUAACUGAGGCAAAUUGCUGCUGUUCCAGGCCGGGUUGGGGGGAGGUUGUGGAAGAAGUCUCUGUAUGCUGCAAGUGCCAUUAGUCACAAAAGUAAUUGGGAAAUCAUCAGCUGAAGAGAAAAGACCUGCACCUCAAAAGGAGUAUGGAACGUAUUCAGGGCAUGCCCAAUCACUAGGCAGACUGGGGCAGCCACUUGAGGUUACAGAUGCUGGGGUCCCUGAUGUUUCUCCGAGUUUCCUGGCUGUCCUUUUUUGUUGGAGGACAGACCUAUGCAAGCCAUGUCCUGUCCUGCAUCCUGUAAGAUAUUCUGCUCCCCUCAGGUGCUGUAAAGAACACCAUCCUAUUCCUAGCACUGAAACAAGAUUCAGCUGACAUGCUUCUGUACAUGGGUGGUGCAGGGGGGGAGCUGCCUCCCCCCCAAAUUAAAUAAAUAAAAGACUUAACUAACUGACUACUUGCAUCACAGAUACCUCGAUUCUGCCCCCCCCCAACAUAAAGCCUGCCCCACCUCCAAUAUAACCCUGUGCCCAUGUGGAGAGUACCAUCUACAUUCAUACCUCAUGUUACGUUUGCUUCAGGUUGAACGUUUUCAGGUUGCAUCCCGCGGCGACCCGGAAGUACCGGAAAGGGUUACUUCCAGGUUUCGCCGUUUGCGCAUGCGCAGACGUGCAAAACGAUGUCAUGCGCAGAAGCAGUGAAUCGUGGCACGCGCAGACACAGGUUGCGUCCUGCUCAUGUUGCGAAUGGGCCUCCAGAACGGAUCCCGUUCGCAACCAGAGGUACCACUGUAUACCUUCACUUCAGGCAGCAAAAUGUUUUGGGCUGGAUCUGAGCCAGUUCCUUUUGGCUUAAAAUGGUUAUCUUUCAGAAGGCAGAAGCACCUGUCAUGUGAUUUAUGCUGUCUGUUCAACUCUCUAUAAUGCUACAAGGCUGAAUAUUCUUUGGGGGAGUUCCUAAGAAGGAAGAAAUUAUGUUACAAUGCUGAAGUUUCCUUUGGGGAGUUCCAAAGAAGAAAGAAUCACCCUUAAAAAGCAACAAAAUGCUCACAAAGCAACCUUGUAAAUAAGCCCACAAAAGUUACUAGCCUGCAGAGUGUUUUAAUAGCUUGCUUGGAGCCCAGUAGAGAAGGGAUAAAGAGCCCACCUCAUUCCUAUACUGGGUGCAGAAGAGAGCCGUUCCCUCCUCUGGCAAUCUAUAGUACUUGGUUUCUGUAUUGAGUACAGAGGAAUGAUAAGUCACCCAUCCCUCCUCUGCCAGCUUGCUCGUUUUCCUGGUCACCUAUUACUACAAAGCUGGUGCAGCUUUACCUUUAUUCUCUCCUUGCUCUUCACCAAUGACCUCUACGCCACAUUGGUCCUCAGUGGCCACUCCUUUGGCCCACAUUUUCACGGGUUGUCUUGUUUACUUUGACACGUAGUGCAAAUAAUUCAACAGCUCAAAGUGAUUGGCUAUGUGCGUAAGCUACUGUUUCAUCCUAAGGGCUGCACAUGUAGUAACAUGAUAGCAGCCAUAAAUUAGCUUAUGGAGAAAUGGAUUUAUGCCACGUUUAUACUUGAUACUUUGCAAAAAGUUAAAUCCUUAAAUAAAUCCUGCCCUACAGUUACCUGUUCCGUUAGACUUCAUUUCUGAGGAUGCUCAUGUUUUCUUGUUUAUUGGUGUACAGUUGUGCUUAUCAAAAUUGGACAGGGUGGCUGAGUAAGGGGGGAAAGUACAGUUCACAAACUGGCAAGUCUCUGUCGCUUAAGGGCUUGCUUUACUUUAGACCCUGGUCAUGUGGCUUUGACCUGAUCCAGUCUGCCUGUGUAGCUUGUCCUAAUUAUUUUUUAACAUAAAACGUGCCUGGAAGGCUGCUUUAGUUGAAGCUGCUAAUUUUCUGUUUCCUGCAAAUUAGCACCAUCAUAUAUCUGAAAGCUACUUAUUUAAGUGAUGCUUACUGAUUUGUAUUGCCAGCAUUUUUCAAAAGCAAAGAGCUGGAGAAUUGGUUAUAAAAUGUUUCUUGUAAUCUAGCCAGGUCAAAUAUUGACGUUGAGAUAGAAUUCAGGAAUUGCAGAUACCUGCAUUGCUGAUGCAGGAAGUUCCAUUGUUGCUGCUUUCUCCCUUGAGUUCUAAUUCUGCUGGUCUGUAUGAGAGAUGCGCUCUCUGAAUCUUGUGGCAGACUCAUUGUUAGAGCUCUAGGAGCAGACUGGUGAAUUAGUGCUAAUAAGGCAAUCCUGCCAAGAGAAUAUGAGGAACGCAUCCUUGCCAAAUCUUCCCUUAUUGCCUCUUUGUGGUAGCUUUUCUGGCCUGCUCUUGGGAUUCAGACAAAACAGACCUGUAGAACAUUCAAAGUCAAUUUCCGAUCGGUUAAAAGCAGCUAAAUUUCUGAGUGUACCUUCUGUAAAUUGCUCUCUGCUACAGCUGAAAGCAUCCUAUGUUAUUUUGGAAGAAUACUGCACGCAAGACCCUCUGGCUCUUCUCAGCCUUUGUGUUUUGAGGAACUUUUUCAUUUUCUAAGAAGGAUAGAUUUCCCCUCAGUCUCAGUUCAGAAUAGGCCUUAUAGGACAUAUGUGGCAUAACCACACAGCACCAUACUUUCCCUCCUCAGUAACACACAGCAAACAACACACCUAAAAAACAAGCACCCACAUUCUUCCUUAAAUAUGUGGGUUACAACAGAACCCUCUAUUUGUCUUAGCAUGUGAGAAGCUGUGUUUGGUUCCAUGUAUAGCUAUGGGGGUUGCCACCCAAAGUCUAUAGCCUUACUUUGGUUUUGCUGUGUUAUCUGCUCAGCAGUUCUUCAACUGUGCUCCAAGUUGGAUGCAGGAAAAGUAGCCCUUGGCUCUCUCUCUAGGAGCAAUCUUUCCAAGUAGUCUUUCUGAGAUCAUUGCAUGAUGGUACUAUUUGAAAUGAGAAUUGUGGGAGAGAAUUUGUUCACGGCAGAACUGUAUUGAAAAAACACAAGAGGCUUAAUAGAAUAUGGAGCAGAGGUCAGGAAGGUUUAUCUUGCCUGGGCUGGAUCAGUCCCCCGCAGACGCGAUUUCUGGCACCGUGGAAGUGAGUCCCCAUGCUGCACUGCGCCGGUUUAGCGCAGUGCGCAAGCGGGCAACUCGGUUUGGGGGUGGCUCAUGGGCCAGUCAAACGACCUCCGCAGGCCAAUUCUGGCCCAUGGGCCUUAGGUUGGUGACCCCUGAUAUAGAGUAUCCCGUUUCUGUUCUGGAGGCUGCAUUGUCACCUUUGCAAACACAGCCCCUGGAACCAGUUGAUCUUGAGUUACCACUUCGCCAGGGUUUUACUAGCCCAACCAGAAUGUUAUCCUCUUGGGUCAGCAGUCAGAACGGGAAGAUACAAAGCCAGAAAAUGUUCUAGCCGAGCGGUUCUUCCUGUUAGCAGGCACAUGUGAGCUGCUGCAGCGUAGGCCGUGCACGUUAGGGUAUCUGUCACAUGCCUGGUGGCUGCAUUUUGCAUUAUUGGUGCGUUGUGAAGGCUAAAGGUUGUCUUUGCAAAUGCACGCACACUUUGUUGCCAGACAGCGAUCUGCCUCUUGAGAAGAUAAUGAACUGAAUGACCGGGCUGUUUUUAUGUCAAGAUCAUAUGUUUACUUCAUGGCAAUGUGUUCUCUUUUCCCCCUUGCCCUCACAGGUCGAACAGGUGAAAUUAUUAGAUCGUUUCAGCACAAACAUCAAGUCACAAACAGGAACGCUCUAUCUCACGGCAACUCACCUGUUAUUUAUAGACUCGAGCCAGAAAGAGACAUGGGUAAGGAUUCCGAUGGUUUUCUCCAGUGGGGCACCCUUUUUAUUUUGUGUCGCUUUAUUCUGAUGUAGAGGACUCCCCAGGCCCAGUCUCCUGUCUUGCAAUAACUGGGUAAUUGUUGUUGUAAGCUGUUUUAAGUACGCAGAAUGUGAGGUACAAUUGUUUUAAAUGGGUAUUGAACCACAUGCCUCCUUCAGGUUGACUUCUUUGAGCUGCGCUGUUCCAAUGUUUUGCAGGGCACUCUUCCAAGAAUCAGAGGCUUUAGUUCCAGCCUCCUGAGAGAAGGCUGUGGUAUUCUCACUUCAUUUGGGCCAGUUGCCCAGAUAUCAUUCCUGUGCAUGCGUGGAGAUUAGCACUGGCAAGUGUGUGAAGUCAGUCUCCCACUCCCAGGUCUAAGGCACAUCAUCAGUUCUCUUUGCCCAUUCUGCCACAGUUAAUAGUUUAAUUUUGCAAACUGUUUUUUUUUUAAGUGCGCUGUAUAUCCUAUAAUAGUCUAGCUAAUUAAACUCCAUAAUUUUAUUGAGUUAUGAAUAAUUGGCAUCUCCCCCUUUGGUAGUUUCUUAAUUUUAGUCUUUGAAAAGAGAGAUAACGCUGAGAGUUUCAUUAACAGGUUUCUGGCUAUGUAUAGCUAGUGUUUUCCCUCAGUGUGUUGGUGUGUCUGCAUUUGUAGCCUGUUGAAGGUCACCUUCAGAAGCAGGACUAAUAGAAUAUAGGUUAGCUAGCAUCCCUUCACCCAAAGGGGCUUUUCACUGUGUUCUCAAACAGCAGUCCCUGCUCCUCAUUCCACAAGGCAAGAUGCAGGACUUAGAUGGAGCUUUGGCCUGAUUCAUCAGGGCUCUUCUUAUCUUCCUAACUUUCAGAUACAGUUUGCAGUGGAGUAUGAGAAAAUAAAAAUAAAUCCCACCGGGGUUACUCCUCUAUUUAGUAUAUCAAAUUUAUUUAUUUUUUUCUUCAUACAGCUGAAAGAAGUCCCAAAGCCAGUUAAAAGAAAAGCAAAAUACAAAAUUUCAUAUUAAAUGUCCAGAAAAGCAAUAGAAAUAUGUUAAAAGGUUGUUAAUCAAAAAUAUUGCGGACAGGAUCUUUGGAUACUGGUCACAGCAUUAAGUAGUGUAGCACAUCCAAUAACAAGCAAGCAACUUGAGAUAAUGUCUGUGGUUCUUCCGUGGAAACCAAGAAUUAUGAAAAGGCCAUUGUGGGUUUUCUGCGUGCUGCAGAUACUUCACCAUCAUAUUGCUGCGGUAGAGAAACUCGCCUUGACCACGUCCGGCUGCCCCCUGGUGAUCCAGUGCAAGAACUUCAGGAUAGUUCACUUCAUUGUUCCCAGAGAAAGGGACUGCCAUGAUAUUUAUAACUCCUUGCUUCAGCUGUCAAAACCAGGUAGAGUGGCUGCCUUUCUCAUUACACAGGCAUUCCCCUUGAUCCUUUUACCUGAUUCUCCUGUUCAAUUGCUCUGUUGUUUUAUCAUGUAACUUAACUGUGGCUUAUUAUGUAACUUAAUUAUGAGUGCUUGUGCAACUGCUUUUUAUACUUUGUAAACUGUUUCAACACUAAGCAGUAUAUAAAUUAAACAACAACGACAGUGUGGUGCCUCUGGAAUCCCACAGCAAGGCUCAGGCUCCUUCCUCUUUUUCUCUUUCUCCUGGCUUGUUUUAGCAAGAUACGACGAACUGUAUGCCUUCUCAUACAACCCGAAGCAAAAGGAGGAAGAGAGAGUGCAAGGCUGGCAGCUCAUAGACCUUGCAGAAGAGUACAACCGGAUGGACGUGCCUAACUCGGACUGGCAGCUAUCAGAUGCAAAUCGUGAUUAUAAGGUAAUAGAUUGCUAACAUAAAAUAAAAAUGAAAUGAAAGACCGAAGUGAGAAGUGGCAUUUUCCACCUCAUUCAUGCUGGAAUAAUUGUUGGUCUGUUCCUUUUCCUCAUGGGAAUUCAGUUUCAAAGGUUCGCUUGGAAAGCCUUGUUUCUUGCAACUGUUUUGCAGCUGCUUCGAUUGAAUUCACACUCAAUUGCAUGCAGGAGGGACGGAUGACUCAACUUGUCAUUAACUGAGAGAAUGUAUGCCGCAAUAUAAUUAGGCCCCCUCUCUCCUUGCUGUAGAGCUCAGUUCAGUUUUGUGUGCAAGGCUACAUAGAAGGCAGCAACUUCUUCACUUCUCUUCUAAUUACUUUUUUCUUGCUUGUUGUGCCUCUAACUAAAGAAGAGGCAGUGUAGAAUUAACACUAGGAAUUAAUUUUCCCCCAGGUUUUAUUUUUUAAAUCAUGCAAGUAUUUUGAUGUGAUAGCCACCAACCUGAAUGGCUUUAACAGAGAAUUUGGCAAAUUUAUGGAAGCUAUGGUUAUGUGCUACCUCCAGCGUCAGAAGUUGCUGUGUAACACAAACAGGAGAGGGCUCUUUGCACCCAUGUCCUGCUUGCAGGCUUCCCACAGGCAUAUGGUUCGCCAUUGUGAGCACAGAAAGUUCAGACUAGGUAGGCCUUUGCUCUGAUCCAUCAGGGGUCUUAUGUUCCUGACGCGUUUCAAGAACGCAGUCAGUGUUUUUCUGAAGCCCUGAUACUUCAGAAUUCUUCUAGGUAAGGGUUAAGCAAUAUCCAUUGUGAAGAUAUGGGGAAAGGCCUUUCCCAUUGAUUUCAAUGGAUGCCACCAGUUGCACACCAUAUCUUGAGGAGGGGAAUAUUUUUCUUCCUGAGAGCCAUAUUCCCUUGUGAGCAAAGAUCUGGGAGUGCGUACUAUUGGUUGGUCAGGGCAGAGGCAAAAGCAGGUAGAGCUAUGGCUGUGGCUCUUUGUACCAGAGGCUACCUUCCCACUGCACACAAGUCACUUUAAGGACAUUCCAGCCUGGCAAAAGCACUUGGGCCCAUGGAGCAAGGCUGGUGAGGGCCAUGGCUUAAGGAGAGUCCCAAGGGGUCAGGUAGGUUUGGAGGUCUGCAUUUUGCCCCGGACCCUGAGCUUCCCCAUCCCUGCCAUAUCUAAAUGCACUGUCCUUUAUAGUUCCUUUCCUUUCCUCCCUCAGAUCUGUGAAACAUAUCCCAGAGACCUCUAUGUUCCCAGGAGUGCAAGCAAGCCCAUCAUUGUUGGCAGUUCUAAGUUCCGAAGUAAAGGAAGGUUUCCUGUGCUGUCAUAUUAUCAUAAAGAUAAUGAGGUAUAGUCUGAUUUCCAUUCAGGGGAAAUGGGCUAAAGGCUAUUUUCCAUCACAGGAAAAGACAAGAAGGGUAAGUACAGUAACCCAGACUCAUAGAUCUGUUGCGGCCCAUCAAAAAAGGGCUGUUAGUAGAAUGUAACAUUGGGGUAGGCCCCACUUCACUAGGGCUGCAAUUCUAGCCCCACUUACUUGGGAGCAAGUCCCAUUGACUUCAUUAGGACUUAACUUCUGAUUAGACAUGGUUAUGGUUUCACCACAGAUAUCUGUCUCUAUAUGUUGAUUUUGUCAAGAGUUCCGGAAGUAGAACCUUUACAACUUGUCUUGUGUUGCAAUUAUUCACACUGGUUUGAAAAUUCAGGACUUAAAGAUUCAAGUUUUUGCUUCCCGUUUAUGGGGAUGUGGGGAAGUUGAAACUAGAACUAAUAAUAGCAUGCAUGGCACCAAGAAAACAAACUAAUGUGGUUUGGGCAUUGAAAAAUGCUCUGAGUUGAUUGUGCAUAAUGCAAAUGUGUCUUGUCUCUCUUAUAGAAACUAAUUUUGUGUCUGCCACCUUAUAUCUCCAGCUUUAUCACUAAAAUUUGGGCAAACCGUCUCUGCCUAUAACAGAGGAAACCAUGAACUCUGAAACAUUUUGGCUUUCAAGUUUCCUUCUGGAGGUUUUGCAUCUUCAGAGUCCCAUGCAUCAUGCUUCUGGCUUUCAUCUUCCCUUCUUGCAGCUACCAGAGAACUAAGAACUGUACUUAAAAUUCAGACCACUGUUCAUGUCCUCUAAAGUGCUCAUAUAGACCUUUCAUUAUCUUAUCUUUAUAUUUGUCCCUCCAUCUUCUAACUAGGCUGCCAUUUGCAGAUGUAGUCAGCCUCUCUCGGGAUUCAGUGCCAGGUGUCUGGAGGAUGAGCACAUGUUGCAAGCGAUCAGCAAAGCCAAUCCUAAUAAUUGCUAUAUGUAUGUUGUGGACACCAGGCCUAAAGUAGGUACCAUUCCCUUUAGCUGGUUUCCCAUGUGAUAUAAUGCUGUAGUUUAGAGAUGGGAAGGGGUGAUGUGCAAUUACUGCUCCUUGACUGCACCAUAUCGUUAGGUUGCUGUUUCUGUUAGGACCCAGUUUGGUGAACAACCUGAGAGUGGCAAUGGGAUGAAUUGGAAAUGGAAAGGGCCUUAAGGGUUGCCUAGUCCAAUUCCCUAAUGAUGCAGGAAGUUGAUUACUGCAGCAUCCCUAUUAGCUAGUCACUCUGCCUCUAACGAAGAAGAACCCAACGCCUUCCCAGGCAGUCUGUUCCAUUGUUGAGCAGCUCUUUCCAUCAGGAGGUGGUUCUUAAUGUUUAGGUUGUGUCCUUUGUCUUCAUGAGUUCUUCUGGGUUCCACCCUCUGGAGCAACAGAGAAUAAAUUUGGUCUACCAUCUGUGUGUGAGACGGCCCUUCAGAUGUUUGCAGAUAACAGUCUCUUCUUCAAGCUAAAGCAUACUUGGCUCCUUCCUUAUAGGACUUGAUUACUGGAUCCCUCAUCAUCAUUGGACUGGCUGUUUGUACUCAUGGACUAAUUCCCCCCCGCCCCCGAUUUUGGAGGAGUUGCUUACCUGACUCAGGCCCCUGGCCAGGAUCCAAUGAACAAUGCAACUGAUUGAAUACCUCCAGAGGGCUUUGUACUGAUGCUUCUCAAAAUAGCAGCUUUCCAUGCCACAUAGCAUAUUGUGAUUAUGCUACUGGAAGCUGCUAUUCAGGGGUCAGGACAAAUUGUGGGGGGUUACCAAGUGAGUAGGAUGCUUUCUGAUACUUCAUAUCCUACGUGAUUAAUGGUUUGGCUUAGAAAGUAGGAGGUCAUGAAGGGAGGAAAAAACCCUGUCCUAUAGAUCUGGAAACCUGAGCAAUCAUAACGUUCCUAAUAUUUAUCAGAUGGGAGUUCCCACACAUUUUAACUGCUUUACCUCCUUUUUCUUCAAGCUGAAUGCACUGGCCAACAGAGCAGCAGGUAAAGGCUAUGAGAAUGAAGACAACUAUUCUAAUAUUAGAUUCCAGUUUGUUGGUAUUGAAAACAUCCAUGUAAUGAGAUCAAGCCUGCAGAAACUUUUGGAAGGUAUGUAUAAAUUUGCUUCUAAUUGGUAGAAAGCACUUGAUAAUUACAAAAUAGACUCUUGUAGAGCCUUCUCCACCCCCACAUAGCCAUACCAAACAGCUUAUUGCUUGAAGUAAUAAAUACAGUAUCCCUUAUGUACCGAAUACAUUGGUUUCUAUCUUUCUUUUUUUGUAAACCGCUUUGAGUUUUUUCUACUCUAAAGCGGAAUAUAAAUCUUAUGAAAAAAAUAUCUGGAAUGCACAUCAAUUUCAGGUCCCUCUCUUUUUGUUUCAUGUAACAUUUUCAAGCUUUCAACAACACGCGUAGUUCAGCAUCCUCUCUUGCACAGCCCCCAUGGGAUGUAGAUGAAACUCUGGGAAGAAAAGGUUGUUCAUAUCAAGCCUAGGAAUUGAUUUGUUCAAAAGUGAAAGUAAGCUUCAGUUGCUUCCCUACAGAGGAAAGUGCUGCUGUUUGAAUUUAACGACCGAGUAUCUUUCUAUUUCAGUCUGUGGGACAAGGGGCCUGUCGGUCAAUGAUUUUCUGUCUGGUUUGGAGAGCUGCGGAUGGCUGCGACACAUCAAAGCUGUGUUGGAUGCUGCUAUCUUCUUAGCCAAAGUAAUUUGCUUUCUUCAACUUGUGGCCAGUGGUUCAUGCCCAUAAUAGUACACCAGCAGGUUCAGCCUGCAUUCCACAAGCUUAGUUACAUACCAGGAUAAAUGCUCAGGGGCACUACCCCAACAACACCCAAUUUCCUUUCUAACUUAGUAAAGGAGGGUGGAAUGCUCCCAGAUCCAGUUGGCUGGGUGUAUUUAAGAAGGUGCUGCAAUUGGCUACUCAGUUCAUAGAGUCCCUCCACCCGCACGUGGUGCGGGUUCUUAGCUCAAGAGUAGAGCAGAAGCUUUGCAUGUGGAAGAUCCCAGUUUUUGUUUUUCAAAAGAAAGAUCAGAUAGCAAAUGAUGUAAAAGGCCUCUGCUUGAUCCUGAAUUCCAACUCCCUUCAGCCCCAGCCGGCACAGCCAGUGAUCAGGAAUUACAGGAGUUGUAGUUCUGGAACUUCUGGAGAACUACAGGUUCCCCAUCGCUGGUCUAGAUAGUUACUCCCGGCUUAGGGCAGCUUUCUGUGUUCUUAGGGUAACUUGGUCAGUAUUGUCAACUUCAGACGUUCCAAUUGCCUUUUGGCAUUUGGAAGGAAAAGAGUGUGGACUGAGUAACUUAUGCCUCCCACUCCCCAGGCUGUCAGGUAUCGAUGCACAAUCACCUGUUUCCCUGUUAGGGCAGUUCCAAGUGAGGAGAUAGCUCGCUGUAGCAUGGUGCCUGAGUGCAGCAGCAGGCUGUAUAUUUGAAUCAAAUUAUUGCUGCCGUUUGUUGUGAUUUGCUAGCCGCUUUACUCAUCGGAAUGUUUAGGGAAGCUUUUAAUGUUUGGUGCAUUACUGUAUUUUAAUAUUUUGUUGGGAGCUUCCCAGAGUGGCUGGGGAAUAGAUAAUAAAUAAUAAUAAUAAUAAUUAUUCAAAGCUGUGUUUGUUUUCCUUGAAAUACAAGUGCACAAGCAUCAGUCAAUCUUCUUGUCUUUUUCACAGGCCAUAGCUUUGGAGAGUGCAAGUGUGCUAGUGCAUUGCUCCGACGGCUGGGACCGGACGUCUCAAGUGUGUUCUCUGGGAUCUCUGUUGUUGGAUCCCUUUUAUAGAACAAUGAAAGGCUUUAUGGUGCGUACUUGGGGCACAAUGAGUUGCUUUCAGUUGGCACAUGGUACAACCGAGUUACUUUGGUGCAAUUGCUCUUGUUUUACUUCCUAUAUACCUUUUUAAAUGGCACUUAAUAUCCUAAGUAUGUCAUAAUAAACAUUGGGGGGGGGAAUCUUUAUCCUAUAAAGGUACAUCAUUAACAUUCAACACUGGUGUGAAUAUCUGCAGUGUUGGGUUGUCCCACCAAAUAACUUAGCAGCUGCAUGCUAUGCUAGCUGCAGCUUCUGACCCAUGCGCAAGGGCAGCCCCUCAUAGCAACACAUUAUAGUAGUCUUAAUUUUGAGAUUACCAAUGCACUGUGGCAAGGCUAUCUGAAGCGCAUGAGGUUGGGGGAGAAGCCUCUUUUGUUUACAGGACUAAUUUUAAGUAGUAAACACACCAGUUGAAUCAGUUCGAUUUUUUAAAAUUACUCUGACAUGAGACUUAAAUCUAAUGUAUAUAUUUGAGUUUAGGAUUAUUUUGGGUACUGCUCUGAUAUUUUGGGUUUAAUUCAUCAAAACCAAGAACUUUUACCUGGGUAAUAUAAUCCAAACUUAGAUCCGCAGUAUAAAAACAGAUGAAAAGCUGAUGCCUUGUUUUCUUCUAGGUUUUGAUAGAAAAAGACUGGAUUGCGUUCGGGCACAAAUUUUCAGACAGGUAGGGUGUUUUGCUACAAAGAUGCUGUACGUUUGAAUUAAUUAUGUAACUCAUUGUGUUACUAUUCAAUUCAUAUGCUUACACGGAUCUCAUAAUCUUAUAAGGGACCUAUAUACGUUUAGUCCAGAAGAUGCAUUUGCUCUGUUUUUGGACCCCCUCCUGAGCUGGGACACUCCUCAGAUGACUUUUUCUGGUUAUCAGCCCCAGUCCAGCCAGGCCCUGGUCUUGGAUUCCCUACUUCCCAACCCAAGGCCCUGAGGAAAGCUCUGUUCCCUUUUGCCUUGCAGAGACGGCUCCUGGCUUUUAGCAUCCACCCUGAGCUUUGUGUUGUCACCAGUUAACUUAGACUUGGUAGCCCCUCCAGGAUGAGCUAUAAGUCAUGCUCCUAUACUUACUGUCUUUCUGUCCCUCUGAAAAAAAUGUGUCAUUUUCUUAUGCACGUACAUAUGCUUGUACAUGCAUGUCAGACAUUUUUAACUGGUCCAGGGUAAGCCAUUGGCAUCUAGAAACCUGACCUAAGCUUGAAAUACCAGUUGAGAGCUCAUCUUCGUGUGUGUGUGUGCCCCAUUUUAUUUGUGGUUUUUAUGUGACUUGGCCUGUGCCGUUCAGAGCAACAUAGCAGUAACUUGGGUAGGGCGGGGUCCAAAAAACUGCAUCCCUACUUCCACAUCCCAAAGCAGGCUUUGAGCUUGUGUUUUUCAAAUAGCCUGUUCCACCUCCACCAUAUCUCUGCUGCACAACAAACUGGCUUGGAAACAAGGUGGGACUUCCAAAGAGCAAUGGAGAUGUCCUCCUAAAAGUCAAAAAAUCCCCUUUAGAUCACAUUUGGUAAUUUUGUUUUCUUCGUGUCCACUAAGCAUUAUCAUAGGUUGAACCCAGCUUCUUGGAGUAGACCCCUUGAUAUUAGCAGACCUAAAAUGAGCCAAGACCAUUCAGAUCGGUGGGUCUACUUUGAGUAGAACUUAGUAGGAUUCAACCCUAUAUUUAUUAUACUAAUAAACUGCUUUUAGUUCUUUUUUAAAAAAAUCCUAAAGCAAUACACAGAAGAAUAAAAAGCAUAUGAUGGCUAAUAAAACAAUACAAAAUAUAAUUCCACAGCUUCCACAGAGACCACUAAAUAUAUGACAAGUUUCUCUACUCUGCAAAUACUUGGGUGCGCAGAAAGGUUUUUAGCCUAUCCUGAAAACAUAGAUAAUGCCCAACUGAACCUACAAAAGGAGGAGGAGGAGGUUAUGUUGGUGCAUUGAAUUUUUGUGACUACCCAGGGUGGGUUUUGUCCACCACUUCCCCCACAUAUUUAUCCUGAAGUGCUUUUGCAGCAGCUGGUCUUAUUUUAAUGAAAAUGAAAUGUAGAAGUUGUUGCAUGCUGCUUACUGGAUCUGUUCUGCUGAUUAUCUUCAUACAGUAUGAAGGGAGGGGGGGAGCUCCAUUCUGUCUGUCUGACUGCCCCAUUAGGUUUUAUUGCUGUUGUAAAUAUUCUAGAUGGUUGUGAUUACUAUUUUACGUUGCCCUUCGUUAUCUGUUGUGACCCGCAGUCGAACAAUAAAAACUAACUGGCUGGCCUCUUUUAAUGUGGAAUGUAUUUUAUAGAUGCGGUCAGCUGGAUGGAGACCCAAAGGAAAUCUCUCCCGUGUUCGCUCAGUUUUUAGAAAGCGUCUGGCACCUGACGGAGCAGUUUCCGCAAGCCUUUGAGUUCAAUGAGGCUUUUCUCCUUCAGAUCCAUGAACACGUCCAUUCCUGCCAGUUCGGAAACUUCAUUGGGAACUGCCAGAAAGAACGAGAAGAGCUCAGGUAAGGUUUCAUAUUAGCUCUCUUAACUGCUAGGGCUUAGAAUCACCUUUCUGGUGUGUGAUGGUGGGGAACCCAGCAUUGCAAAAACAUUAGAUCUUUUGCACUCCUUAAAACAUGAAUCCUUGAAAAUCUUCUUGAGAAUAUAAUCGCUUUCAAGAGAGAGAGAAAGGUUUAUGGGAGAAUUGUUCUCCCUCUGGUUUAGAAAUAUAACCCACUCCCUCAGCAUGCCAUUUCACUGUUUUAAAUUCCACACACCCUAGACUGCAGUUUCCCAUCGUCAGAUAAAAUGAUAUAUAUCUGUAGUGAUAAUCCAUUAAGUCCAACUCUGAUUAAAGCUUGGUUAAUCACCACCCUAUAUCACCUUCUACCCUGACCCCCACUUUAAAGUAAAGAAACAGCAUUGGGGGAGGGGGGGGAGGGGGAGGGAAAGACUCACCCCAAAAUACUGCAGGCACAAUCCAGUUUCCAUUCCCUUCCCACCUCACCCCCAGUGAUUGCUUUCUGGCCAUACAUCAGCCUUUCCUAACCUGGUUUCCUCCAGUUGUUGGACUACAACUCCCAUCAUCGCUAGAGCUGAUGGAAGUUGCAGUCCAAAGCAUCCUGAGUCUGCUAGGUUGGGGAAGGUUGUCCUAAUAUCUCCACUGCAUGGAUAGCUUUGCCACUGAAAUAUGGCGUUAGCGUUGUUCAGGCCCUGACUGCGAUUCACUCAAGUUCUUCUUCCCUUCAAGAUUGAAAGAGAAGACGUAUUCACUGUGGCCUUUCCUUCUGGAUGAAUGCAAGAAGUACCUAAACCCCAUCUAUAAUGAGAAUUUUUCUCAGUCACUCACAAUUCUGGAGCCUGACACAGUAUCAUUUAAUUUUAAGUAAGUUUCAAUGAUGUUUAAAGAAUAACAAUAAUAAUAAUAAUGUUAUAGCUGCCAGAAUGGUGUAUUAAAAUACUAUUGCGAUUGGCACGUGCAGGUUCUGGAGGAACAUGUAUCAUCAGUUUGAUCACACCAUGCAUCCCCGGCAAUCCGUAGUCAGCCAGGUCAUGAGCAUGAGUGAGCAAAAUAAACUGCUGGAGAAAGACAUUAAGGAACUGGAAGCUGUGAGUAUUUCCAAUAACUAUUUUGUCUUGAGAGGUCCGACACAGGCCUGCUUUGCUCCUAAAAGGUCAUAACCGCAUCCCAUCGGAUGCUUUUUCAAAUGAUGGUCUCUUUCUGUUGCUUUUGUGAAGAUUAUUUUUGCAACUGGCAAGAGAAAGAUGGCACUCCACCUGCUGGGCCAUUUGAUAAUACGCAAACAGAGAUGGACUGGAACAUGUCAGAGAGCAGUUUGCACCAGAGGGAGACUUAGAAGAUGCUCUUGAGUGUCAGCUUUUCAUCCCCAUACCAUAAAUACCAGUCCUUUGUAUAGUGUAACUUGCUAUCCAAGUUGUGAGUCUUGUUUGUUUGUAGGUCUCUUGGGUUGACCUUGUUAAUAGGCUCCCCAUCCCAAUUCCUGCCUUAGUGCAUGUACUACAGCUGUUCAGGAACAGCAGAGGGUACAGAAAGUAUGAAGGACCUGAUACUAUAAGGAAGCAAGCGGUGCCACUGAUAGUGGGGAGUAACAAAGCUGCAGUGUGUGUGUGUGUGUGUGUGUGUGUGUGUGUGAGAGAGAGAGAUAGUUCAGAAGUUGAGUGCAUUGGCAGUGUUUCCCAGAAGGCCCCAGCUUCAGUCCAUGGGAUCCCCAGUUAAAAUGAACUGUAGUCGCUAGCUAGGAAAGACCUCUAGAUGAGUCUGGAGCUCCACUGCCAUCAGAGAAGAUGGUACUGAACUGAAGGAAGGAAUGGUUGGACUCUGUGUAAGGUAGUUUCAUAUGUUGAUAGGGAAAGUGAGGAGUUUGGUAGGUUGGGGGCUGGAUGUGAACAACAGUUUCUCAGGCUCCAAACGGUCGCAAAGGGGAAAUGGAGCCUACUCUGAAAUACUCCUUUUAAUCCCAGAAAUUAGGUCACCGUGUAAACAAGGAGCUGGAUGCGGCUUUCACCAAGGAACCUUUGCGGCCUGUGUCACCAGUUCUUAAGACAUCCCAGUGCUUUAAGAAAGAGCAGCCUCUUCUACAUGGAAAUGACUGUAUUCGAACAAUAGAGGGCUCCAACGCAGCAGACAAUCGGUACAGCGAGUAUAUGGAAGAGCUCUCCAAGACAGAGCCUGGUGUUGUCAGUCUGGAGUAUGGAGUGGCAAAAAUGACGUGUUAA